CGCGUCCCUCCAUCGUCAGUGAGCCAUGGGCUGCUAACAACUAAAUCGCAUCGAUAAGCGGCAAUCCCCUGUGUGGACAAACAGGGAACGGACACACCGCGAGCGACCGUCGUCGUCAUCAGUCUGCUUAUUGAUAAGGAUCUACACAGGUUCCGUGAUUUAAUUGGACUGGGUGUAGGCCUGCUACCGAGACCUGCAGCAAAUACAAGGGAUCUUUGUGUGUUUUGGCGUGCUGCUUCACUGUAACGUCAUCGCGUUUGUUUGGAGCACCAUUCCCAUUUUACGCGCUCUUCGAAAAAUAUACGGAGGAAUUUCCGAGCGACCAAAGCAAAGGAUUGAAACUGGAUAUACAACGUUAUAAUUCCUUUAUCUUCAACGUCACCUAGCAUCUUUUUCCUGACGAAUACCAAAUAUAGUCAGCAAGCUUAAUUGGUGCGUCGUCCUUGGGUUGUGCGUCCCACUCUGGUUGGUGCGAAGGUUGCCAACGUGUAUUAUUAAAUAAUGCUGAGUUGAUGCAAAGUAAAUCUAUUCGAGCAAUCUGCCGGGGUUGUCCCCUCUGUCAUUUGGGGCCAAGACGACCGCCUGUUGCGCUUUGUUUUCUUGCGAACUUUGAUUGCCCACAAUCUUAUUUCGCUUUAUUGUCAAGUGGAUGACUCAAGUGCGGCAGUAAAUCAGUCUGUCAUCGUGUGUAAACAUAGAGCAUUGUUUGCGUUGGGACAUUUUAAUCGUCGCUUUAUAUUUCAUAUGAAGGGACGUUUUUGUUUGCCGCUUUUCAAAUAGGUCUACUAAGACGACCAGCCUCGAUUAUAAUAUUUUUUAAUUUUUUUGCCAUACUUUUGAUAUUGCUCAUGCUCAACAGAGGCGAAAUGGUUUUCCAGGACAUUUCAAACCGCGCUGCCUCCAAUCCAGUCAAGUUUUUUAUGGCGCUACUGUGUGCAUCCGCCAUGGUGGUUGGAUGCCAUGGACAGGCUGUGCCGACGGAGAAGACUUCAGCGCCCUCUCCGCCGCCACCUCCGCCUCCGACCGCAGCUCCGCCGAGCUUCCAGUCUUUGGUCACGGAGACUGGAGAGGUGACGCGCCAGUAUGUUGAGUCCAUUGUGGGGACCAAUGUUGUCGAAACAGCUGUGGAGGAUGCUGUUGAGUACCUUGAGUCUGUGUUUGGCCCAGACAACAUCUAUACUGUGGCUAUGUUCCUGGGCAUGCUGCUGCAGUUUGUGUCAGAGGGUGCUGCCAGCGGCCUCAACGUCAUCGCUGUCUACGUGUCUGAGAUCCUCAGGGCCACCGGAUUCAGUGACAAACUCCCCUUUCCACAUUUCACCCCAGAGGGCGUGGCUUUGGUAGCCAAGUGGGCGGUGCUGGCUCUGAUUGGCUACUGGCUGCUCUCUCUCGUGUUGCGAUUGGCCGUCUCUGUGCUGAGGCGAGUCUUCUGGUUGGUCAAGGCCGUGGCGACCCUCUGGCUCUUUGGGCUGAUCGUCGGCGACACCAGAGCCUCCACAGACGUCACUUCCAUGCGAUUGGCUUUUCUGGUGCUGGGCUACGUUGUGAUUGGUUUAGCCACAGGCGGCAAAGAAGGAGUGGCUGUGGAGUCCCGCCUCAACGCUCUGGAGGGGAAAGUCAAAGCCAUUGAGAAGAAGAAGAUGGAGUGAAAAGGGUUUGACAAACUGUGGCCAUGCCAUGGCCUAACAGCAGGUGGCGGGUUUCAGUCUUGGGGUCUAUUACAGACCCAAGGACAAGUGUGUGAAAUGGCUGCAAAUCAUUGUCGUUUCUCACGUCCUUUCCUCCCCUCUGGCCUUGUGAUGCAAGGCUCGACAUCAUCAAUGAUCAACGUUUUUUUUUUUAUUCAGAAUCUUACAAAAACGUCAAACAGAACUGUCUCUUAUAUGUGAUUGUCACUUGGCUCAGCCGUGGCUCAAACGGCUGUGCAUUGCACUGCUACAUCGGUGACCCGGGUUCGAUUCCGGUCAUUUGCCGAUCCUUCCCCGUCUGUAUCCCUCUCACUGUCCUAUCACAAAUAAAGGCAUAAAAGCCCAACAUUUUUUUGUUUACAAUCAGGUAUUGGAUGGGGGAUACAGUAUGCCCCCCCAAAGCCACUCUGCGCGGCUUGACAGAGAGGAAACUAUGUUGUUUUCUCCACGGAGGAGAGGCAACACAGCGGCAAGAGGCUGGAGGUGGUAGGAAAGGGCGGGAGGUAGGAGACUGAUUUGCAGCCUAUGUGUGUUUCUUUUAUAAAGGAGCUGUUUGGGUACUUUUUAGAUGUGUGUUAUUUUCACGUGAUAUUCCUCAAGUCAGCAUGGGUAUUUUAAGUUGACGCCACAGAAGAAGUUUUUUGAAAAAGGAAAACAAAAUACAAGAAUGUUUUUCAGAAAAUGCCACCCAGAUGCAAAGAGCCUUAGUUGGUGAUUUUUAAAUGUGACUUUUCUGUGUACUGUAAAUGUUAGCCUAAGGUGAAUGCACUGUGUCUGUUACAAAAUUAAUUAAAACCUUUUAAAGACACUG